UUUUCAAGGAAACGGUGUCUCACUAGAGUUUUGGACGACCUGGUAUUGGGAAUUACGAGAAGCGUCGAAGCGUCGGUCUGUACUGCCACUGCGGGCAACUGAGACACUGUCCUGGCCUUGCAUGACGGUGUGGAUCGUGUCGAAGAAUGGUUGGAGCACACUGGGCCCGAAUUACUGGAGUCUGGUUCCAUCUUCAUCGCUGGAAGUGUGCGAUUUGAUCGAUGGCCAUGUCUGGCGAUGGAUUGGAAAAAGACAGCUGCUCAAGCAAGCCGUAAGUGUAUGACUCCAUGUAGGCACAUCUUGACAUGUAUUCAUCAAUUG